AACUACCGGUAUGGAUGAAGUCCAGGCGGAUUUUGCAUUGAAUCUAUUGAAAGCGGCGACCAGAAGCAGCGAAUCAGCAGUUAUCUCACCGUUCUCAGCUGCUCUCGCCCUAACGAUGACCUAUGUUGGAGCUGUCGGACAAACUGACGAGGAGUUUGUGGAUUACAUUUCUACAUUGUUUGCUGAUGUUAACAGUGCAGAAAAAGGGGUUACGCUGGAUGCAGCAAAUCGGCUUUACGUGGAAGAAAAUUUCAUCCUGGAAGAAGCAUUCUUGAAAAUCAUCGCGUCGCAUUUUGCGGGACAGUUGCAGCAAGUGCAUUUCAUGUACAAGGAAGUCGUCGUUCACACGCGAGAUAAAAUUAAAAAUUUGGUAUGUGUGGAGAACAUUCAUGAUGAUACGCGUCUGAUGCUUAUUAAUGCUGUCUACUUCAAAGGGACAUGGAAAGAACAGUUCAGAAAAGAACUAACUAGAAUGAAACCAUUCUAUAUUUCUGAAAAUAACCAAAAAGAGGUGGACAUGAUGGCCAUGAAGGAGAAGUUCUCCUAUUAUGAAGACGACGACGUGCAGGUGCUCGGGAUGCCGUACGUUGGUGGUCAAACACAGAUGCACAUCAUUCUCCCGCAACGACGCUUCGGCCUAGCUGAUUUCGAGCAAAACCUUACUGGAAAGAAGUUGUUGUCCUACGUUCAGCGGUCCUGCGUUACUGAAGUUGAGGUCGAAUUGCCAAGAUUCAAGUUGGAGAACAGGCUUGAACUGGUGAAAGCGUUGCAAAAGCUGGGCAUGAAAGAGGCAUUUACGGAUUUCGCCACUUUCGAUGGCAUCAGUGAACAGCCGUUGAAAAUCUCG